CCCUUCCGGCAGAGCAAGAGGGCACAUGGAGGAAUUUGCUGUGAAGAUUGAGCAGUCUCGCUAGCAGAAGGAGCCUGUGGGGGACAAGACACAUGAGGGAUUGAGUCUUCAUAGUAGUUCCAAACCAGCCUGACCUAGGCCAUAUCAUUAUUGUUGUAGAAUUUAUGAAGAUAUUCCAUGAGGAGUGCCUUAUUGAACUGUGAGGUUGGUGAUGCCAAGUCCACCAUCCAUUUUUGGCUUGCAAACUUUCUCCCAAGCAACAAGAGCCUUGAUUCUGUUAGAGAGAUCAGAUUUGCCCCACAAGCAAAUACGCCGGGCUCUAUCAACGUUGUUUCAGAACAAUGAUCUCUUGAUGGAAGAACUCGAAGCUCUGAGCAUUAGCAAUGUAGUCAUGGACAGUUGUCUUCAGCAGGCGGCUUCCGGCCUACUGAUGGAUAUCCCGCACGAUGAUACCUUAACGAUCUCUUAAGCAGCAGGAUUGGACAUGGAAGUACAGUUUUACUCAUGAUGUUAGGAAUGUUUUACACAUGCGAAAUUCAUCGAGUGGGUGAUAGAUCUCCUCGAUAAUCUACACAAGGAUAGAUCAGGAAGUCUCGAGAAAGCUAGAGCAACAAAGGGUGGGUAUCAAAUUUGUAGUAGGCUAAUGAUGAUGCACACAAACAAAGAAAAAAUCUACGCAGACAGUGCUGGCAAUCCUCAAAGUACCGGAAGCCAAAGAUGCUAAUAUAAAAGUACAUUGAAGUCUUAAAAUGCCUGAAGGAGGAUAUUUCUUCUGUGUCAGAACAGUAUAGUUUGGGAAAGUGAUCAAGUGGUUCUUCUCACACAUGCCCUUGCUGUUUAAGAUGGCGAGGCAGUCACAGUGAUCGGGAAAAGCCAAGAUAAUCGACAAAAGUCAAGUGAUCACAUUAUCAUAGCCUGAAGGCCAAGAUAAUUGGCGGUCACAGUGCCAUUUGUGAUUGGAUCAACCAUACAUAUGCUCAACCUCGUCUCAAGAACCGAAGGCUGAGAAUUGCAGAUUCUCACCGAUAUGUGGGUAGUGCGAGCGAAACUGACAACGGGGGAGCUGGUCCGUCUGGCAGUGGCAGAGUCCACGCAUGCAUUGGCCCGUAGAAUCUCGGCCGUCCACUCCACACCUACCCGAUUCUCCAGUAUCCCCCGUCCUUGCAGCAAGCCUCCGCACAAAACGGCCCGGACCUAUGGCCGCCGCCACCCGCUGACUGGUCUCGCCCCCGAAACCACCGCCGCCUCGCCUUCAACCUCCUCCUGCCGCCGAGCCCACGGACGCCUCCCCGCACCGGAAGGCGCCCCCGAGCCCCGGACCAACGGCAAGAGGUGUCGCCGCAGCCGCUGUCCAGUACGGCAUUAUAUAUCUUGCGGCUCACGAACCUCAAAGGAAACCGCGGGGGGCAUGGCCAUGGCCGUGGCGGAGGCGCGUCUCCGGCAGGACAAGGUGAAGAAGUUCGAAGAUUUCGUUGACCGGCGGCUCAAGCCUGACCUUGUGAACGCCAUAGCCCAGCGUGAUAACUUGUUCCAGCAGCAGAAGACUUUCUUGGAUUUGAAGAAGAACAUCGAAAACUUGGAAAAGAAUGGUGUAACGAGCAUGCGAUCCAUGGUCAAUCUUGGCUCAGAGGUGUACAUGCAGGCAGAAGUGCCGGACACGAGGCACAUUUUUGUGGAUAUCGGUCUAGGUUUUCAUGUGGAAUUUACUUGGCAAGAGGCUCUGCAGUUUAUAUCUGUACGAGAAGCAAGGUUGGCCAGACAGAUAGAUGAGUACACACACCUCAUUGCGAGCAUAAAAGCACAGAUCAAGAUGGUGUGUGAAGGUAUCCGUGAACUCCUGCAGUUAGCAGCGGAGUGAGCAUUAGGGUCCCAAUGCCAAGAAUGUAUGCCAAGAACGCAGCUCUCCCAAAUCCCAAUGUUUUUGUUUUAGGGUCCCAAAUCCCAAUGUUGAUCAGGAGGCAUUGUGUAAGUAUAGGUGAAAGAAGUGGCAAAAGAGAAUACUUUGCUUGAUCUA